CACGAGACUGAGCAAAAUGGAAAAAAUUAUUUCUUUUUUCUAAAGUGCAAAUUUGAACCUGUUAAACGAGAAGAUGCUAGCGAAAAUUGCAAUAUUUGGCGGAAUGGCAGCCAGUUUUGGUGCAUUAUAUUUUGUGAACGGCAUACAGCAAAAGUUCAGAGGUACAGACUAUUACAGAGAGGGGACAUCAUUGCUACGCAAGUAUAAGCCAGCUGUAGAGGCUCUCGGAGAACCUAUCAGAUCAACAAGGCUAGAUCUCACAGAUAUAGAACAUAACUUUGCUGAUGUGUGUAAGGCAAAGCUGGCUGUUCCAGUAAAGGGACCCAAGAACAAGGGAACGUUAUUUGUGUUUGCCAGUAGGAAAGACGCUGGAGAUGAUUGGCAAGUGGACAGACUUGACUUGCAGAUCUUCACAACUCAAAAAAGAUGGCAGUUCUUUGAGCAUACAGCUUCAAAUGACAUUGCAAUAGAUACCACAGCUGAAACUGUAAUUCAGGAUGCAAAAACACUGAAACUCAAUUCAGACUCUAGGGAAAGAACCAGUGCCAAAGCUAAUGAAUCUUCUAUUGAAGAACAAAAUCCUGAUGCUAAAUCAAUAAAAGACGAUAAAGAACAUUUGGUUUAUAUAGAUAAGAAUGAGAGUGUAACUCCUAAUUUAAGCAAUAAGAAAAUGAAAAUUAAUGAUGUAAGAUGGCCCCCAUGGAAUGUUGAAACUAAAUAACACAAUUUAAUCAAAGUGC